ACUGACAGAUGUCGUGACGUCACGUUUUUAACGUUGACGUCACGAUCGCAUUUGUCAUUCCGUGGUUGUCAUUUUUGUGUAGAGGUUGAUCCGUUGAUGGUUCAAGUAAGAAACAAUUUUGGAUGCCACCGAUAAAAUAUUAUUAUUGUUCGAAUGAUAUGGAGGAAGAAAAUGAUCUGAGUGGUGAUAUAACGGUGGUCGAUGUGUAUGACAUUGCAUCGGACAUCGGCAAAGAAUGCGAAAAGAUCAUUGAUCAAUAUGGGGCCGACGCUGUUACUUCUUUGAUGCCCAAAGUUAUCAACGCCUUGGAAUUACUAGAGAACUUGGCAACACGGAAUGAGCGCGAAAAUACGCAAUUGCACGAACUUCGUUCGAAAAUUUCGCAGUUGGAGAAUGACAAGCUGGAAAAGGCUGAAUACAGACAAAAAUUUGAAAGGGAAUUAGAGGCGAUUGAGGAGCAGUGGCGUACAGAAACGAAGGAACUAGUUGCUGUUGUAACGCGAUUGCAAGAAGAGAAUCGAAGGUUGGCUAAAGACGUUAGCCCUAGUCAUCUGCCUUCUACACCAGCUAACCAGACCGGUAAUGGGGACAUGUUACAAAAGUUAAAGGAUAGCGUAGAAAAACAAAGGGAUGAGAUACGAAUAAAAGAUAAAUUGCUUCAAGAAAAAUGUAGUGAUAUUGAAGUUUUAAAGUCUCAAGUGGAACGUCUCAAUUCUACUAGUAGAGAAUUGAGGAGGAAGCAUAAGCUGUUUCAGAGUCAAGUACGAACUUUGUGUGAUGAGAGGGCUGAUUUUCUUGUGCAAUUACAAGACCAGCAGAGGGAUAUAAUGGGACUGAGGCAGCGGUUAGGUUUGGCUCAAAAAGAAAAUGAAGAUCUUGUUAAGAGUGAUUUACCGCUACCUAGCAAUAAAGCUGUGUAUGAUUUAGAUGAUCCAAAUAGACCACGUUUUACAACACAAGAACUUAAAGAUAUUUUGCAUGAAAGAAAUGAACUAAAAGCUCGUGUCAGUGACUUAGAAGAUGAACUGGAGACUUACAGACCAAAAAAUAAAUCAGAGACACCUGUUGAAGAAGAUGCACCAGUUCAGGGACCUCUGCCAUAUGAACCCGACGACGCACCUUGGAAAAAGUGUUCAGAAUCAGGAAUCCGUAAAUUUUUUCGCAAAAUAUUUUCCGAAAGCGGUAGUGGGAGCAGUUUUCCUCGGCGUAGUUUGUCAACCCUCUCGAAGAUGGCUCUUUCAGCUACUAACGAACAAGUUCCGGUUUAACGAGAGUUUCACGUUUGCGUUCCCAAAGUUUGAGAUUGAUCUAUCUGGUAAUUUGCAUCAUUCAUUGUGAUAGUUUUAGUCUGUUAAUUAUCUUGAAAGUUGACAAAGCUUGAAUCUCAAGAUAUAAAGUUGUUAGCGUCGUCAAAUUGUGUGGAGAACGGAUUACUAGAAUUGGCCAUAUUUAUUUUUGCGAUGAGUUAGGUUUUUAGGCAAUUUUUAAUGUUGUGGAAGGUUUGUUUCCUCAAAAGUACUCUCCAAAUAAAUGAACAAUUUAUCAUUGUAGGAUUAUUGACUGAAAAAAAAAAAUGUAGUAUUGAGUUCAUUACAAUGAAUGCUUCCAUCUUUUGUAGUUGUAAAUUUUACAUCUUGUCACGAACUGUACAGAGAUGAUACACUUGUAGUUUAAUUAGAAAGGACCAAGUAUGUAAUCAUAUCCAUGGUAGUAUAUUGUUAACAAGAAAUGUACGUCUGAUAUUAAAAUGAUAGGUUUAUUUCGAUAUUUGUAUAGACUCCAAAAUAAUAGUAAAAGUUUUUGAAUAUGAACAGACAAGUGUUGUUAACGGAAUUCACUUUCAAAAACUUUAUGUUAUAUUAAAAUUCCUCUGCUAUAUUCGUGGUGGUAAACUCGAAUAUGUAUUAAUAUUUAUUUGUGGAGUGCAAUUUUUGUUGGAGCAGAUAUUUUGAUAACCUUUAUUUGUAUUGUAAAAGAACAGUGUUGAUUUCUUAGACACUAUUCUAACACAUGUAGAGGUGCCAAAUACACUUAUUUAAAGAAAAAACUCACUCUUCCUGUUUAAA